AUGUCAUUUUCGGACUCGGAUUCCGACUAUGAACUGGACGAUUCAGUCAGGAUAGGCGAGUGUUUCGAUGAUAUCGGUCACGUUCCUCCGAAUUCUAAUAACUGUUCCGAAGAUGAGGGGAUUCGGGACGUUCAGAGUGAUGACGAUCUUGAAAUGGCGUCUUGUAGCAGUUAUCCCGAAGAUGGUCCCGUCCUUAUUUCCAUUGGUGAGUUGAAACUUCUGGUGUUCCUUGAUUUAUCUUGA